GCGUUUCCGUUUCAAACGAUUCAAACCAAACUAUCGUGGCCUCUUGGGGCCCACUGUCUCCUCUACCUCCUCCGUCCUCCGGAUCCCAAAAUCUCAAACCGUCAAACGGGACCUGAUACCUGAGAUACGCGCAUGGCGUCGCCGCGCCGCAUUCCCUCUGUGCCUGCCAGAUCCGGCAACAAAGAGAAUAUAUCUCAAGAUGGAGAAGCUCCCUUGGAUUUUGCAACCUUGCCUAAAGAAGGGCCUGCCACUACAAGGCGGAAGAAGAAGCUUGCAGGUUUCAACUUGAGGAAAAGCAUUGCCUGGAAUCCUGCUUUUUUAACUGAAGAAGGUGUUUUGGAUAACUCGGAGCUUUCUGUGCUUACUGGCUCCCAACCGAUGGCAAAUAGGAGCCCUGGAUCAGGGGUCAGUAGUAUAAUGUCCCCAUCCUGUCAGUCAGGGAGAUAUGGUAACACAUAUGUACGGAAGGAAGCCGCAGGGAAUUCACAUGGAAAAUUGCCUGCAAGAUAUCACAGGGCAGAAAGCCAGGGAAGGAAAUUGUUUUCUUCAGCAAAAACUCCUCAGGGGGACAAUCAGAAAGAAUCUGCUGGAACACAAAACAGAAGCUCUGCAAGAAUCAUCCAAAUAUGUACACCAAGAGUACCAGCUGGAUCUAUAUAUCCUAAUGAAGUUUUAGGCAGGAUUGAGCAGGCCUUAAAGUUUUUUCCCUUGAUAACAAUGUCAAGAAUACCAAAACAAUUACGACCUUCUCUUCCUAAGGUCCCAAGAAGUACUUCAUCUGUGACAAACAAUUUGGAAUCACACAAAAAAAUAGCUCCAGUUAAAGCUGAACUAGUUCACAGAGUAACUGGAUUCCCUGCUAGAUUGAAGAUCAAUCCUGUAUCUUCUGGACCUAGCAUAGAGAAGGCUGUGGUGCCUGCUGUUACUGCCAUACAUGAAGAAGCCACUGUGAAAUGCAAAAAAAACCCAGCACACCCACAAAUUAGCCCAUCCACCCCCUUUGAUAGCACUGUGUCAAAACUUGCUAAGCCAUCAGCACUUCGAUUGCCUUCACCUUCACUUGGUUUUUUCACUCAGGAAAAAGCGCAUGUGCCACAUGGUGAUGCUGCUAAAAGAAACGUGGGGAGGUGUUUCUCUUCAAAUACUUCAGCGCUUGAUAGACCUCCCAGAUACAGGCAGUCUGAGGAAAGCAGACUCCACCUAGCAAAGCAGCUGUCAACCAAUGGCACUGUUGCUUCCAAUCUUGUGCUACCUGUGACUAGAGAGGGCCAUCUCAAAUCUUUGGUGGUUCCAGAAAAUGAAUCAUCGUCAAAAGUUAUCAUUACAUACUUAGAAAAAUCUGGAAAUGUAAAUAAUCAAGCAAUGCCAAAGGCUGAUUUCUUAUUGGCAGGAACUGGAGCUACUGAUACUACACAACCAAUGAAUUUAGAAAAGAAAGAUGACGCUGGAAAUAGUGAGACAUUGCUUGUAGAAGGAAUGGAUGAUAUCAAAGAGAUUGAACCUCUUGAUAAUUUCUACGCUCCUGAAGCUAUUUGUUCCUCAACCAUUCGACCUGUUGAGGAUUCUUUCUCGCUUGAAGCCAGUUAUUCCUCAACUAAACCUAUUGUAGAGAGUAAAUUGUCACUCUCUUGCAUUUCUUCUAAAGUACACUCCUCUAGUGAGCUUAGUUGUCAAGGCAAGUCAGUCAGUGAUCCCAGUGCAGCGAUGGACAUGGAAAACUCUAAUGUUGGAGAUACUGCACUUAGCGCUUCUUUGUCGAAAGGCAGGAGUUGCACUCCAGCUCUUGAUUUGUUGCAAGGAUUUUAUUCAUUUGAUCGCCAGAAUAUUGAAUGUCCUAUGCUGAUGGAAUCAGUAUCUACAAUAUGUGCAGACCAGCUGCCACAUUGUGACAGUUUAAGCGAUGAAACGCCAGCCCUAGCUGGCAGUCAUUCAGAUUUGAAUGAUUCUUUGUGUGAUGAAGCUAAACCUGCUUUGUCAAAAGAACCAAAUACUGAAGGUGAAAUGGAGCUUCAAACAAACAGUACCAUAGCUGUAAAGGAAACUCCGUUGUUAGAUGUGGGGUGUGGGCAUAUUCACAAUUAUAGGACCACAGAUUGUUCUACGAGAUUGGAAGCACCUACACCUUGUGUGGAAAGACGUCAUGCUUUAUUAGUAGAACCAAAUAUGGAAGAAAAAAUGGUGCUUGACACAAACAGAUUGUCAGCUAUACAGUACACACCACAUAUAGAAAAGAACAAGGCACUGGAAAGAUCACCGGCAAAUACAAUCCGUAAAGAUCAUCUGAAGAACUUGAUACCAUUUACAGAAGAAUGGCUUGCUGUCAUGGAGUCUUGUGGGCAGGAAGUUUUGGAACAAAAGACCGGUGCUGUGCAAAAUUCUCCUCCUGACAAAACACCUCCAGAACCGAGUCCUUGGUCACCGGUUAAACGGAAGGCGCAAGAUGUUGGACCAUUUGACUGUACGAAGUACUCCAAAAGCAUCCGAACCUCUGGUACCUAACUGCAGACGUUUGAGUUCACAUUCUAUCACGGUAUAGCCACGGUGAUAAGGUCAGGGCAUCCGAGCUUUUGGUACCCUAACUGCAGACCUUGACCUUCACGCUCUGUCAACUGACAUGGUACAGUCACUGUGAUAAGGUCAGGGACUCCCAGCCGAACACGGCGUAAAUACCUGCUACCGAUUGUCAUUUUUGACCAAACUAACUGCGAUGUAGUUCAGCAGCCUUGUUGACCUGCAUUUUUUUGCUUCCCCCCCCCCCCCCCCCCCCCCCCCUUUCCCCCCUUUUUUUGUUAUUGUGAAAUACUGUUGAGAUCACGCCCCAAGCAAACGCUUGGUAAUUAAGAAGGGAAAAAAGAGAGAGAGAGAGGAGAAAGGAUCUAUUAUUAUGUUUGUCUCGAUUGUCCUUUUUUGGCCAUUAGUAGGUGACUAUUGAUGUCUGAAAUUCCGAACGGGAUACCUGAUCGAAUUCCUUGAGAGUUGGUCAGGCCAAUGCAGAAUUGAGGUUUCACGGCGGCAAGCCGGCAAUCCUGCUGCCCCAGCCACCAGAGAAGAGAGUCAGAUUUUCUGGUGAACACGAGAGAGCAUCUUGAUGUGCAUCUUCCAUUCUUCCUACCUCGUCCUGUUCCCCUUCUCUAGUGUCGUGUAGCGCUCAGCGUUGUUAUGUGUUUGGUUGCAGGGCAACUGAAACAGUUGGAGACAGAACAGCUGGAACAGCCACGUCCUGUUGCCCUAUUUUGUCCGUCUAAUUCUGACGAAUAGCUAGAGAUGGUUCUGUCCCAAUUUAUGACUCUGUACUAAACAAUCUUAUUUAAAAAUCGUUCUAUCGUUGCAACUAAACACAUACUGGUUUUCUGGA